AUGUCGCAUGCCCUGCUACUACGUCUCUUCUUGUCUCCUUCCUUCUUCUCAGUCCAUGUUGCUCUCCAAUACCUACGGAUUUAUGCCGACAACAUCGGAAUCACCUACUAUUUAACCAGACGGCUCAGGGAGCUGAACACUCAGGAGUUGCGGGAGGUAUGGGGCUUCGUAUGUCAUCUGCUUGUAACAAGACCGACGCAAUCCAAAGCACUGGAGAGUUUCGUGGUGGAGAUUUGCCACAAGUCCACCCAUGUUGCUAUGCUGACACUAUGGUACAUGCAAGCAUACCUCAGGGACCUCUCAACACAACAUUCCAGUAAUGCUUCAUUCCUCAUUUGCCAACGAAUCCUUCACGAAUGUCAUGAAAUCAUAUUCGGAGACCUGCCUUCUGCUCCAUACUCGUCCCUAUGCGCCCCCACUCACAUUGGGCCCUCACGAAAGAAAGUCAGAGCACACGUGUCUCCUGCCUUGGUCGGGAUCGGGAUGGUCCUAGCUGGCGUUCCCGGUAUGCCUCAGCUCACGGAAAUCAUGGGUCCUGUUGCACUCGAGCAAGGUCGGGUCGAUGAGCAGGGCCAGGACAUCAAAAGUAUUGAGCGGGGCGAUAAUGACAGGGCUAUGGUGCGAAGCAUAUCUGCAGCCUCGGCGGCGGAAAGCGGGGUGGACAUAGAAGACGACGAUUCUAUGGACUCGCCGGCCCCGAACGCGGACCAUAAUCCGGAGGAGCCAGUAGACAUUGCUCCGUCUUCGCAGACAGUAUCUGCUGUUUCCAAGCGGUUGUCUCGGAGGCAGACUGUCGGCGCGCAGACUAGCCCCGCGCUGCCGCUACAUCUGCGUGAAGCCCGGAAACCGAGAUUAUCGGAGGAUCCAUUCGGGCAAGAAGACACUCUUCCCACCCGUGCAGCUACCGCUGCGACGCCAUUCCAGUCAACACCGUCAUUUCCCUCACGACAUCCUUACCGGCCGAAUAGUCAACCUACCGCAGAUCUUCUGUUACAGAAGUAUGACUUUGCUUCGCAGAUGUAUCUGUUACGUAGCCACUACUGUCGUUCAGAGGUGCAAUUCAUAUUGGCACUGGAGAACAUCUGCAACAAGCUCCUGGUUGUCCCUAAACCUGCCCGUGUGAGUGCUCUACGCGCGGAACUAACUAGUCUGAACCAUAUGCUCCCUGCCGAGAUCUGUAUGCCCAUGUGGUGUUCGUCCUCGGACGAACCCAAACCACCAUCAAGUAUUCCCGAACCUCACCAUCGAAUAGUACGAAUACCACCGGGCGAGAGCGUCGUGCUCAACUCGGCCGAGCGUGCACCCUAUCUUCUACUUGUCGAAAUCCUUCACUCCGACCUUGACUUCGACCCCGCGAAGCGGAGUAACAAGGAGAUCCUGAAGAAGAUCGUCGUGAAGGAGAACGAGUCGAAGGGGACAUCUAAGGAUCUUGUCAAAUUCGCUCGCAACGAUUCGACACUGUCCAAGUCUAAACCAACGGUUAUCAUACCCGACCAUGUCAACGGUUCAGAAGUGGCACUUGGUACCGAUGGCGACGACGCAGGGGAAAACGCUUCAAUACCUCGGUCCGCGUCUCCCUCCUCCGUGGUGUCUCCUUUAGAACCCCCAGAGGAGGAAGAGAUGGAUCUCGUAGAGCAGCUUUACGGCAACGAGAGCUCGCUCAAGGUGAACGGUAUCGACAUCUCAGACUCCAUAGUCCUUCCUCCCGCUCCGAAAAACAAGGAGCUCGACAUGGCCACCUGGUCUCGCGCCUCUUCCAAUUUGAACACACCACGAUUUGACAAGCCCGACCCCUUUGCCGCACAUAUCCUCGCUCUUGGCCACAACUUCCCUUCACCCUCUUCAGGAUACCCACCAAACGGUGCCAUCACCAGCGAUCACUCAAGCACACCUGCACGGCAGCUGUCACAAGGGCAGCAGCGCGUACUCUCCCUGGACGAGUACUCGCAGCGCAUGCGAACAGCGGCAGUCAUGCUUGCCCAGCUGAAUGCAAACCUCGUGCCCCCAGCUGUACCUGGUUUACCUACCACACCCAGCGAUACGUCCAUUAUCAGCGCACCUUUACGCUGGCUGCCUGGAACCAGCUGGCUCGCAGACGCGAUAUCCAACGGUAACGGUCAACCCUCGACUCCUAGCGGCGCCCAGGGCGAUGCCGCCGCGGCUCCAACGCGCAUGCGAUUACAGGCCUCUGAAGCGGCAGCUAUUCGGGAUAGGAUCAUGGAGGAGAUGUUGGCGCUGGAGGAGGAGCGCAUGGCUCGAAUGCGGGAGAACGGCGUCAAUGAGACCUCCUUGCGGAUCACGCCCGCCAAUGGAGACAUGAAAACUGCAGAGGACGAGGGUAUCAUCAGGCGAGAACUGAGCAAGGCGGAUCCGUCUGCGAUUGUUUUCAGCGAGUCUUGGGCGGCGAAGAAGGCUCGGGUACGGCAGGCGUCACCAUAUGGUCAUCUCGCGAACUGGGACUGUGUGUCGGUCAUCGUCAAGACUGGCGGCGACCUGAGGCAAGAGCAGCUCGCCGUGCAGCUCAUCCAAGAGUUUGAGAAGAUCUGGAAAGAGGAGAAUUGCCCAUGUUGGGUACGAUACUUCCGAAUACUCAUCACAGGCAAUUCCUCCGGCCUUGUCGAGACCAUCACCGACGCCGUCUCCAUACACUCGAUCAAGAAGGCCGAGUACGCUCGCCGCCUAGCCGAGGGCCGCCUUGGGCACGUCUCGCUCCUCGACCACUUUAAGACGACUUACGGCGACCCGUCCUCUGCCAAGUACGUCCGCGCGCAGCGUAACUUCGCCAAGUCGCUCGCCGGCUACUCGCUCGUCACGUACUUCCUGCAGAUCAAGGACCGCCACAACGGCAACAUCCUCCUCGAUCGCGACGGGCACCUCAUCCACAUCGACUUCGGGUUCAUGCUCUCGAAUUCUCCAGGCAACAUUGGCUUCGAGGCGGCGCCGUUCAAGCUGCCGCUCGAGUACAUUGAGGUCCUCGGUGGACUCGACAGUCCGGCCUACCGCGAGUUCCGGAAACUGUUCAGAGAGGGCUUUGACGCCUGCAGGAAACACUGCGACCGGAUAGUCACUCUGGUGGAACUCAUGCAGAAGGAUUCGACGCUCCCAUGCUUCGCCGCUUUCGGCGAGCAGACCGCGUCCCAGCUUCGAGACCGCUUCCAACAGGGCCUCACCCAGUCCGCCGUCGAGGAGCACGUCCAACGGCUCAUCGACACGUCGCUUGGCUCCAACUGGACCCGCCUGUACGACUCAUACCAGUACUAUUCGCAGUCCAUCCUAUGA